AUGCCCCUCUCCAAAAUGCCUAUCAGCCUGGCGCAUGGCAUCAUCCGCUCCACCGUGCUGAUCGCGUUCCUCGUUGUUGCGUUCGUCGGCAACGUGGUGCUGGCCAUCGCGCUGCAGCACAAGCCGCAGCUGCUGCAGGUGGCCAACCGCUUCAUCUUUAAUCUCCUCAUCACAGACCUGCUGCAGGUUUUGCUCGUGGCCCCCUGGGUGGUGGCCACUUCCGUACCUUUUUUGUGGCCCCUCAACACCCAUUUCUGCACAGCCCUGGUUAGCCUCACUCACCUGUUCGCCUUUGCCAGUGUCAACACCAUCGUGGUGGUGUCGGUUGAUCGCUACCUGGCCAUUAUCCACCCUCUUACCUACCCAGCCAAGAUGACCUCUCGAAAGGGCUACAUGCUUCUGUAUGGCACCUGGAUCAUAGCUGUCCUGCAAAGCACACCCCCACUCUAUGGCUGGGGCAAGGCUGCCUUUGACGAGCAUAAUGCUCUCUGCUCCAUGCUCUGGGGGGACAGUCCCAGCUACACCACCCUCAGCAUAGUGUUCUUCAUCAUAAUCCCACUGAUAGUCAUGGUUGCCUGCUAUGCUGUAGUGUUCGGUGCAGCCCGUCGACAGCAUGCUCUGCUGUACAACGUUAAGAGCCACAGCCUGGAAGUGCGGGCCAAGAACGGUGUGGAGAAUGAGGAUAAAGUGGGAGAGAGGAAGCAGGAUAAGUGCCAGCAUGAGAGUGAGUUCCAAGGCCAGGAUGAAGGUGUGCACAGGGCCAAGGAGGGCAGUGUGGAGACUGAAGAGGGAAUCAUGAUGUUCAAGGAAGGUAGUACGGAGAUGAGUGAGGGUAGCAUGAAGACCAAGGACAUCGAGGAGACCAAAGAAAGAGGCAUGGCAACCAGCAAAGGCAGCCUGGAGGCCAAGGAGGGCAGUGUGAAGGCAGACAGGGGCCACACAGAGGUCAGCCACUGCAGCAUUGACUUGGGGGAAGAUGACCUGGAGUUUGGUGAGGAUGGCCUAGAGUUUGAGGAAGGUAUCCAUUUCAAUGAGGAUGACAUUGAGGCCGUGAACAUCCCAGAGAGCCUCCCACCCAGUCGUCGCAACAGCCGUAGCAACCUUCCUCUGCCCAGGUGCUACCAGUGCAAAGCUGCCAAAGUGAUCUUUCUCAUCAUUUUCUCCUACGUGCUGUCCCUGGGGCCCUACUGCUUUCUAGCAGUCCUGGCCAUCUGGGUUGAUGUCCAAACCCAGGUACCCCAGUGGGUGAUCACCAUAAUAAUCUGGCUUUUCUUCCUGCAGUGCUGCAUCCACCCAUACAUUUAUGGCUACAUGCACAAGACCAUCAGGAAGGAAAUCCAGGAUUUGCUGAAGAAACUCUUCUGCAAGGAGAAGCCCCCAAAAAAACACAGCCACCCAGACCUGCCAGGAACCGAAGCCGGCACAGAGGGUGGUAAGAUCAUCCCUUCCCAAGAUUCUGCCACUUCGCCUUGA